UCUUGUCUUGUUUACUCUAUCCGUCCGAACCUAAAGAGAACCAGAAACGUCGGGCCGGAAUGGCCACCUCUUCUUCUUGUUCUCUGUCCAGAUUCUUGGUCGGCGCCGCCUUCUUCAAAAACCCUUCUUCUUCUUCUUCUCAAUUUCUUCCUCCAUCAAGAGUCGGUGUAAUUUCCAGUCUACACCCUUCGUCUAUCUGUAAAUUCCCAUCAUGCUUCCGUUUCGGGUCGUGGAAAAGAAGGAGUGCAAUAUUUUCCAAGUCAUCGGAAGAAGAAGCAGCGGUGACGGCGGCGGAAGACAACGAGUGGUUUCCGGACAAGAAGAAGCCUCUGUAUUCACAUAGCCUCCCCUGCGUAGAGGCAUGGCUGAAGAAAUUAGGGUUUUCCGAAAGCGAAGAAGAUCGAGCUACGUGGGUAAUUCAAAGACCCGAUUGGCAUGCCCAGUUAUCACUUGACGUAACCGAUCUGUACAUUAGAUACAUGAAGAAUGGACCUGGAAAUUUAGAGAAAGAUGUUGAGAGGAGAUUCAGCUAUGCAUUGAGCAGAGAGGAUAUAGAGAAUGCUAUUCUUGGUGGACCUUAAUUCUGAGUUCGAUGCUUUGCUUUGCUUUAUUACCAUUUGAGAAUUUGUGUUUGUGUGGUGGGGAUAUAGAUAUAAAACCAUCCAUCUAUCCAUGAUGAUGAUGAAUGAACUUGUGUGGAUUAAGAAAUACAAGUAGAGAGUUUGAUAAUGAUGAACUUGUGUCUUGUAAUCUUGUUCAUUUGAUCAUAUGGACUAUUUUAGUGGAGAUUCUUUGAGACUAUCUCCUUAAUGAUUAUCAUAUUAACUU